GCACCUCCCAAACUAAAAAGUAAAAACCCCCCACACACUUCCCCACCUUCGCUCAUCCCCAUUCUCCGAUCCCACCACUCUCUCUCUCCUCCCUCACCCCUCGCUCUCUCUCUAAAACCUCCGCAAUCCCUCCCGGGCCGAUCCGCUGUCGUUCCAGAGACCGACGGACAGAGAAACAAACUUAAACCAAGAGAACACGACGGUGGCGUAUUUGUAGAAUUACUCAAUCAAUCGGGCAUUUUCAUUUCUCAGAUGGGAAUGCCCGAACGAUGACCAAAUCCGUCGACGAAGAGGACGACGACAGCAGCAACAACGACGAGCGCUUCCACGACUCCGUCGAUCGCCUCACCCACUCCUCGUCGCCCUCCUCCUCCCCGUCCGAGGACGACGAGGAAUACAACGACGUCUCCAACCACGAUCUCACCAGUUUCAAUUCCCCCAAUUAUGCGGAAAAAGCACAAACGCCUGGCUGGUUCCCGAACGGCGCCGCUUCGGACAGCAGCUACGACGUUUGGAUCUCCCAGCCCUCCUCCGUUGUCGAGCGCCGCUCGCGCCUCCUCCGCCAGCUCGGCCUCAGCCUCGACCCCGUCCUCUCCCGCCGCGCCUCCCCUCCUCCUCUCUCCGAUUCGGUCUUUGCCAGAUCAGCGUCGGCCGAUCGGUUAAAUGAGGUCUCUUGCAGCAAUUCUGGUAACCCUAGUUGUAUUGUCCGAUCGAAAUCAAAUGGUGAAACGUAUGAUCACGUGACCGAGUGCUCUCCACGUGCCCAGUGUAAUAAUUCUAAUAGUUCUGAUAAUAAUUCUUCCAGUGUUUGUUUUUCGCCUCGUAUUCUUUCAGAUAAUUCGAUUUUACCACCGCCUGUUAACGAAACCAGCGGUGGCGUAUUUGUAAAUAACCAUAAUACUAGUGUUAGUGUUGUUAAGUCUGUUAAUGAAUGUGGGAAUGGAUCACCGAAUAAGCCGCCGACCGGGAAAAUCUUCCGGCGGGUGGUGGAAGAGGUUAGGACCGAUUCUCCAUCCACAAGUUCGAUGGCAACCGCGAGUGGUAAUUGUAAUGGCGAAUCAAAUUGUGGUUCGGUUGGUGAUGGGGUUUUGGAGAAUGGGUUGGUGUGUACGAUUAAGAAUCUUGAUAACGGCAAGGAGUUUGUGGUGAAUGAGGUGAGAGAAGACGGGACGUGGAACAAACUUAAGGAAGUAGGGACCGGAAGGCAGUUGACCAUGGAGGAGUUUGACAUGUGUGUAGGGCAUUCGCCGAUUGUGCUAGAACUGAUGAGGAGGCAGAAUGUGGAGGAGGGGAAUGAUAAGGGUAAUGUAGAUUUGGAUGUGAAUGGCGGUGGGAGCGGUGGGAGUGGAUCGUCAAAGUUGAAAAAGAAAGGGAGUUGGUUGCAGAGCAUAAGGAAUGCGGCUAGUACCAUGACGGGACAUAAUAAGGAGAGGCGGAGCAGUGAUGAGAGGGAUACCUCGUCGGAAAAGGGUGGGAGGAGGUCAAGCUCAGCUACUGACGAUAGCCAAGAUGUUUCGUUUCAUGGCCCUGAGAGAGUUCGAGUACGACAGUAUGGAAAAUCGUGCAAAGAUCUCACGGCAUUAUACAAGAGUCAGGAGAUACAGGCUCACAAUGGUUCGAUUUGGAGUAUUAAGUUUAGCUUGGAUGGUAAGUAUCUUGCUAGUGCUGGCGAGGACCGUGUCAUUCAUGUGUGGCAGGUUGUGGAAUCGGAAAGGAAGGGUGAUCUGUUAAUGGAUAAGCUGGAAGAGGGAAAUUUGAAUCUUUUGUUUGUUGCCAAUGGGUCGCCAGAACCAACUUCUUUGUCGCCACGUUUGGAAAGCCAUCUGGAGAAGAAGAGAAGGGGAAGGACAUCCAUAAGCAGGAAAUCAGUGAGCCUGGAUCAAAUUUUGGUGCCAGAGACAGUUUUUGCACUUUCGGAAAAACCAUUCUGUUCCUUCCAAGGACAUUGCGACGAUGUGCUUGACCUGUCAUGGUCCAAGACUCAGCAUUUGCUCUCAUCUUCAAUGGACAAAACUGUGCGGCUGUGGCACUUGUCUAGCAAGUCUUGUUUGAAGAAAUUUUCUCACAGUGAUUAUGUUACUUGCAUCCAGUUUAAUCCCGUUGAUGAUAGAUACUUCAUCAGUGGAUCCUUAGAUGCUAAGGUUCGUAUAUGGAGCAUUCCUGACCGCCAAGUUGUUGAUUGGAAUGAUCUGCAUGAGAUGGUCACUGCUGCUUGCUAUACACCAGAUGGGCAGGUUGCACUGGUUGGUUCUUACAAGGGAAGCUGCCGUUUAUACAACACAUCUGAAAAUAAAUUGCAACAAAAAGGUCAGGUUAAUCUGCAAAAUAAGAAGAAGAAAUCACAUCAGAAGAAAAUCACUGGUUUCCAGUUUGCACCAGGAAGCUCAUCAGAAGUGCUUAUCACAUCUGCCGAUUCUCGAGUACGUGUUGUUGACGGUUUUGAUCUGGUUCACAAAUUCAAAGGUUUUCGCAACGCAAACAGCCAAAUCUCCGCCUCCCUCUCAGCUAAUGGCAGAUAUGUAGUCUGUGCUAGUGAGGAUUCUCAUGUCUAUGUCUGGAAGCACGAAGGUGAUUCUCGACCUAGCAGAAGCAAAGGCGUUACCGUUACACGUUCAUAUGAACAUUUCCACUGUCAAGAUGUCUCAGUCGCCAUCGCUUGGCCCGGCAUGUGCGAUUCUUGGGGAUUUCAGGACACUUUCUCAGGAGAACAGAAUCAUCUGCUCUGCGAUCAAUUGGACGGGGUCUCCACGGCGAAUCAUCCACCGACACCUGUCGAAGAGAUUAACGGCAACGAGAAUUCACCAUUGGCGUCUGGAUGCUCCAAUAGUCCGCUUCGCGGAACCAUUUCCAGUGCAACCAACAGCUACUUCUUUGAUAGAAUUUCGGCAACAUGGCCUGAGGAAAAACUUGUUCCAGCGACCAAGAGCCGAAGUCCUCGCGUCAGUGUGGACUACUCCAAUGGGGUAAACGGAAGUAGGUCCGCCUGGGGAAUGGUAAUUGUAACUGCCGGUCUUAGAGGGGAGAUCAGAACUUUUCAAAAUUUUGGAUUGCCUGUUCGGAUUUGAGGGGGCGAAGGGAAUAUUUGAGAAGAGCGUUGAGCAAUCAAGGGGGCGAUUUGUUCUGUUAUAUGUCAAGCUGGCAAAAUUUGUACAGGGGGAUUUCGUGAGAUUUGUAAUAUUAGCGAGUUCGUUUAUUGUUCUCUUUUGUUCGUUUGAAUCGGAUUUGGAAGCAGAUGGAGAUCCAUUCCGGGUAGGCAGAUAAGAAAAGAAGAUAGAUUGGUUAAGGGGAAAAAACUACACCGUGAAUUUAGAAAGCCGAUUGGAUUUCUGUAAUCGGGAAUGUAGAGUUAUGAGCAUGGCAAAAAGUGUAUUUAAUUUAAAAAUAGUAAUUCUUUUAUGAUUUAGUAUCAUUUACA